UAAUUAAUUCUUUAUAGGUUUACAAUUAAAAGGGUCGAUAUAUCCAAGAGCGCUUAUUUUUUAUACCAAAAGCGGUGAGAUAGAAAAAAAAUUAAAAUUAAACGGUUCUCACUCAAAGAACAACAACAGAAAUGGAAAUUAAUGAUAACAAUAACAAUAUACCAAUAAGACUUAGUUUUGAGGAUGCGCUAAAUUUAACAGGUUUAGGGAAGUACAAUUUUGGCUUAUUGUUUGUAUGCUGUCUGCUGAUUCUGGCGAUGUAUAUUGAUAUAUUUGGAUUCUCUGUGGUUUUACCGAGUGUUGCGUGCGAUAUGGGUCUGUCGACCUCCCAACAAGGCUUGCUUUCGGCUAUUCCUUUAAUUGGUGUGAUGAUAUCGUCAUACGCAUGGGGUCUGUGUGCCGAUACUCUUGGUCGACGCUUAACACUCCUGCUAGCGAUGCCAAUCGGUAUGAUCCUGAACUUGGCCGCCAGCAUCGCGCCGUCGUACAUCUCUUUAGCAGUAUUAAAAUUCUUCUCAGCUAGUUUCACAUCAUCAGCAAACGCAGCUGGAUUCGUGCUUGUCGGAGAAAGUGUUCCAGCUCGGGUUAGAGGCAAAUUCAUGCUACUCAUGGCGAGUGCCACCAUGUACGUGCAAUUCAUUAUUUGUGUUAUCGCUCUACCCAUUACUCAAGUAUCUUUCUCCAUCGAUGUACCAUGGUUGUCAAUGACGUACCGUCCUUGGAGACUGCUGCUGCAAGUCAUCAGCUUGCCCGGCAUAAUUGGUGUUAUUGGAACCAUAUUUAUGCUCGAAAGUCCGAAAUUUCUUAUUAGUAAAGGAAAAGAAAAGUCCUCCAUAGAAAUUCUCAAAACCAUAAGUAAAUGGAAUAUUGGUACAAGCGAAAAAACAUUUUGCGUCGAAUCAAUUUUUGUGGAAGAACUAGAGGUACAGGAAAGUACAAAAAAGUCAGUUUUAGUUAAAAUAUGGAAUCAGACUGCGCCACUCUUCAAACCGCCUCUUCUCAAAAACUCUCUGAUACUCUAUUACAUUCUUCUUUGUGCUUAUAUGACAUCAACUGGUUACACCAUGUGGGUACCGACGAUGACAAACGCCUUCUUCAUUGGAGGAGAAAGUACGGGAAAAACCUUUUGUGAAGUUGCUAGUACAGCUGCCACUACUUCAAACAGCACAACUGCAAUACAUUGCGAUAAUAUAAUUAAACCAAUGACGCUCUAUGCAGUAAUUUGUUACUCAGGUAUAUCUGGCUCACUUAACAUCUUGCUCACAUUUGUAGUCGGGCCGCUUGGCAAGAAAAGGACAACGAUAUUAGUGUUUUCUAUCGCCUUGAUUUGUGGUAUAGCCCUUCUAUUCGUCAAAAUUCCUAUAAUGAGUAUUGUAUUGUUCUUUGUUUUCCUUUAUGUCGCACUUAUAUUAGGUAACGUCAAUACUUACCUUGUGGAGUUGAAUCCAACUUAUUUGCGGGGCAUGGCAACAUGUCUCUCAGUGGUAGUUGCGCGUGGAUUUGGAUUUUUCAGCAUCCAAUUGAUUGCCAGUUUACUAGCUAACUAUUGUACAUCAAUGAUCUCAGGAUAUGUUAUACUCGUUUUCAGUGGAUUAGUCGUUACAUUCUUUUUACCUCCUGAUACUCAACAAGGCAAAAAUAAAAUUACAAGCGAUCUAUCAAAAGGAAAUGACAGAGAAAGGACUAAAUCAUAAUACUUAUUAAGUUAACACGUCUAUUUUUAUCUAUUAAUCAUUGUAAAUACUAUUUAUUAAUUAUUUUAAUUUUGAGAAACAAAUCACAAUUAAAUAAAACAUAUUAAAAAAUGUAUCUUUACAUUUAUUUCCUAAUUAAAUUUCUUCAAACCACAUUCCUAAAUCUUUAAAACUUCA